AUGAAGUUGGUACGUUUUUUGAUGAAACUCAUCCACGAGACGGUAACUAUCGAGUUAAAGAAUGGUACGCUCGUCCAUGGAGGAAUAAUCGGUGUCGAUGUGGCUAUGAACAUGCACCUACGAUCCGUGAAGAUGACUCCAAAGAAUAAGGAUCCCAUCAACUUGGAUUCCCUUUCUAUUCGUGGUAAGUUCAGUUCAAGUUCAUAA